AUGGCCUACAACAUCACCGAAGAAGAAACCCAGCCGACCAUCUACAGUCACAUCAACGGCAGCCAGUCGGAGAUGAAUGAUCGCUAUUGUGUCUCAGAACUCUGCAAAGGAUGGCCUGGCGCAUUUGUCUUCACCACAUGGAGCGGUGGCCUUCCAAUUGACGACUUCAUAGAUACAUCUAUCCAGGGCCGCGCCAAUGGAGAUUUCAUCAUGCACCGCGAGAACGGCACUCUGGUCGACCUCAACCCGACCACUCAGCGUGCCGUGGGGAAGAUGAAAGCCACCAUCACGCAGCGCUUCGGCUGGGACGGAGUGGACUUCGACGUCGAGUGCGACUGUCGGUUCAUCAACUUCUGUCUCAAGGAGGCCAACGAAUGGAAGGUUGUGCAUAUCAAGCUGUUCUAUGAGAAGGAUCGCGUGGUGCCGGUCGACGGACGGACGGUGCCGCAGUUCCACCGCGAAGAGCUGAAGAAGUAUCCCCCGGGGUAUCAGUACCUCGCCGUCGCGCAGGCGCGUCUGGGCCAUCCGAUUCUGAACGAUCUCCCGACGAUGAACAAUAAACCCUUUUUCAAGCUGUAUGAGGCGAUGGAUGCGUGGUUGGAGGGGAAGCCGGUGGGGGAUUUGUUAGAGAUCCCGAAGGAGGCAGUGCCUAGGUAUUGA